AUGGCAAAUGCAUCAGCAAUAAAGUUUUUUUGUGAAAAUGUUGGCUUAACAGGAUUUGAUACAGAAAAUGCUCUUUUUAUGACAUGUAAAGAACUAUUUGAUAACUCAAUGGAUGCAUGUAGGAAGAGGGAGCAUGGGCAAUGGGGAAAUUUAAUGCCAAAGAUUCAGGUUUCUGUUAUGUAUGAUUAUAUUUUGGAUAGAAAUGAUCCAAGGCUUUCAAUUAGAGUACAGGAUACAGGAUGUGGUAUCUCACUUGAAUCUAUUGAUCUACUAGGAACCUUAUUUGGAACGAGCAAAAAGGUAAAAACAAAACACUUUUAUUCUGGACAAUUUGGAGUUGGACUUAAGAUGAUUUUACUGUAUGCAACUCAACAUGGAAAAGGAAUGGUUCAAGUCAAAAUGAGAAUGGGUGAUUCAAUAUGGUUAUUUAAAUUAUUAUGCGAUAUUAAUACUGGUACAUUCUAUGUAGGAGAAAGUGAAAAACUACAGGUGGUAAACUGGGAAUGGGUGACAGAAUUUACUGUCAUACUUCAUUUAAAUUUAGAUCCUGAUAAAUUUGGAGAAAAGUGUACAUCAACUAAGGAUCAUUGUAAAAAAAGCAUGGAUAAACUAAAAAGUUAUAUGUCACUUAGUAGAUUGUGGUAUCAAGAUAUUGCUGUAAAAUUAAAUACAAACUUAUAUGAUGUAGAUAUUAUUUGGCCACCAAAAAAUGUAAUGACAUUUCAAGAACUUUUAAAUGAUAAAUGGGAAUAUAUAUAUUCCGACAAACAUUCAAAAUAUAAAGUACAAGCUGUUUUUGGGUUUUUGGAUACCGAGACCUUUAAAAUUUCAGAGGAAAAUUUAAUGGAUCCUUAUAAAAGUGGAAAUUUAUAUGUGUAUAGAAGUGCAAAUGGCAUGCCAAUAUUUUCAAAGGAAGUAGCAACAUGUGAUAUACUAAGUGCUAUAAAAACAUUUUUAAAACGAUAUGGGGCUUCAUUUGGAAUAAAACCAAACCCUAAAUUUACUGAAUAUCCAAAGCAGCCAUAUGAUGUUAUUGAUAAGCUAAAAGGAAGCGAGACUCCCAUAUCAAUAACUAUUGCAUCACAUGCUCAAUAUGUUCACCGAGUCCUUUUUGUUAAUGUUAGUGGAUAUGAGAUCCAAUAUGGAACACUGGGUAAAACUAGUCUAAAGAGUAAUAGUGGCCUUUCAGUAUUAAUCCAGCAAACUUUAAGAGUUCUAUUAAAGAAUUUGCAGGAACGUUUCCCAAAGGAAUUAAUGCAUGUCAAGGAUUUUACUAUGAAACAUGCAAUUUCAACCUAUUGCCCCAUUAUGGCACAGAAUAUUUCCUCUAUGAUUUUAAGGUCUAAUUCUGUACUAUUCAAGAAAGGCCUCCUUAGCAUAAUUUCAAAACAUAGUCGUGAAGAUUCAAAGAAACUUAAUGAUCUGAUAAAUUCACAUAGUGACAACAAGGAACAAAUACAAGCGAUCUUAGAAAGAUCUUUAUCUGAGUGGUUAUUAGCUAAUUAUGAUGGAAUUCAGAUUCAAGAAAGGAAUACCAAUGCAGAAGAUUUAUCUGAUAGUGAAUUUGCCGUAACUAAGGAUAACAUUUUACAAGAAGACUCUCUUGAUUAG